UAUAUGUGUGUGUGUGUGUGUGUGUGUGUGUCGCCUGUGGAGCUGCGGCUGUUAUAUCCUGUGCUUGCUUGACGACGUUGGUGGGGAGGUGGAGAGACAGGAUAAUUUGGUUGUCCUACAAGUGGAAGGGCUGAAUACACGAUAUUUUCUCCGUGGGUCUUGCCUUCACUCGAUGCAUCGCCUUCACCUCAUUCGGUCCCCGUGGAACUUUUUUCCAGUCAUACAUUUCCCCUGUAAUUCCGACCAGCUUUGUUCUGCCAGUAUUUCCUUUUUUGUCUCUACCCUGUGGGAAUAUUCAUCCUGAUAAAACUUUACGGCAGAAACCAGUGACAGUGAAGUAAGGGGCAGAGCCAGUGUAAUGGUGACGUGUACAGUACCUUAUGGCUGGAGAAAGACUGGAUUCUUGUGGUAGUUUAUAAUAUGUGUACAUCGUUUAACAUUUUGUCUCGCAGAUUUUGAGGUUCUUUGAAUAAAUCAAUAGGUGCAGUUUUUGUAGUUUUUUUUUUUUUUUUUAGUUUUUAUUAUUGCUAACAAAUGCGGUGUGUACACACCGCAUAGUGUAAUGAUUAGUCUGUUCAGCAAACAACUGAAAGGGCCUGGGUUCGAGUCCCAGGAGCAGCAAGACAAAUGGGCAAGCCUCUUACUGUGUUGCCUCUGUUCACCUAGCAGUAAAUAGGUAUGAGAUGUAACUCAAGGGGUUGUGGCCUCGCAUUCCUAGUGUGUGUAAGCUCAUACUGACUGAAGAUCAGUCAGUAUGAGCUCUGAUCUCUUUCCAUAGGGGAAAGGUUGGUUGGAUGACCAACAGAUGACCGUGGUGAAUAACACUUACCUUAAAUCUGUGCACACAAGUGUUCACAAAUUUAAGGAAAAAUUAGAUAAAUGCAGAUAUGGUGACAGAUCACUUUGAGCUCUGCUCAAACCCUGUAAUAUACAACUAGUGGUGGCACAUAACAACUUCAUUUGGGCUUCUGUGACCAUUGUUGCUGGAUUGGCUGUCAUAUUUGGUGGCAGGAGCAGUGGUACUAUAGAAGCUGUGAGGUUGGCCAGCAACAUGAGCAGCCUGGAGCAGGAGGAUCAGUCUGCCUCAGAUAUGGACAGUAGGUGUGAUGAUAAGAAUGAUGAGGCAGGCACCUCUGUUCAGAGAGAAGAGAGGCUGAAGGAGGAGGAUCAGUCAGCCUCAGAUGUGGAGAGCAGCAGCAGUGACAAUGUGAACUUUUCUGCAGCAGACUAUUCCACACACAAGAAAGAAAACAAAUUUGAGUGUCAAGAGUGUUUUAAAACAUUUAAGUUCAAGAGUGAUCUUAAGAAACAUACCCUCAGACACAGUGGUGUUAAAAAUUAUAAGUGUCAGGAGUGCGGAAAAAGAUUUAUUCAAAAGUAUUACCUCACUCGACACACACUGAUCAUGCACUCUGAUGAUAGGAAGUAUGAAUGUGUAGAGUGUGGGAAAAGAUUUGCUCGAGAGUCUGACCUCAACCAGCAUACCCCAAUACAUAGUGAUGUUAAAGAUUAUGAAUGUGAAGUGUGUGGGAAAAGAUUCACUCAUAAAGGUAAUCUCACUCAACACAUUAUGGCACACAGUGGUGUCAGAAAUCACAAAUGCCAAGAAUGUGGGAAAAGAUUUAUUCACAAGACCCAUCUCACGAGACACAUCUUGACACACACUGGUGUAAGAAAUCAUGAAUGCCAAGAGUGUGGGAAAAGAUUUACCCAGAAGUAUAAACUUACCCAACACACUCUCACACACACUGGAAUUAAAAAUUACAAGUGUCAAGAAUGUGGGAAAAAAUUUGCUGACAAGUCUAACCUCACUCAACACUCGCUGUUACACACAGGGAUCAGGAAUUAUGAAUGUAAUCUGUGUGGGAAGAGAUUUGCUCAAAAGUCUACUCUCAAUGGGCAUGCCUUGACACACAGUGGUAUUAAGAAAUACGAAUGUCAACAGUGUGGAAAAAAAUUUGCCCAGAAAUCUACUCUCACCAAACACAAUUUGACACAUACUGGCAUUAGAAAUUAUGGUUGUCAAGAAUGUGGUAAAAGAUUUCUAUCCAGUUCUUGUCUCAGUAAACACAUCCUGAGACACAAGGUCUCUAGGGAGUGUAGGUGUGAGAUUUGUGGAAAGUGUUUCAAAACCAAAGGUGAUGUUAACCAGCACAGACGCACUCAUGUUUGAAGCGUUGUGUUGUGCAAGUUCGUGGCUGUACUGAUGACAGUGGGAAUGGAUGGUGUAAGUGAUCAUGGUGCUAAGAUGUCAAGCAGUCUGGAGGCAGCUACGACAUAGUGUAAUGUGAAAGGAGUGAAGGAUUUGGGAGUUAUAUUGUUGAUAAUGUAAGUUUGACACUUUGUUUGGAAAAUGAAGCUGGGAAUAAAAAUUAUUGUCUUA